ACGCUGCAUUACGCUAUUCAUAAUUUUUCCCGCAAAAGUUUGCAAAAAUGUUGGGCCUUUUUGCGUAUUGCCAAUAAGAUUUUUGCAAAUCUUCUGGCGGUAUAGAGGAGAUCAUGUGACAAUGAGAGUAUCCAAUAGUAGACAAGUAUGGAGAAUGCUGGGUGUGGGGUAGAGUAGAUAGCGUGGUGGUGCCUAGUUUAGUUCAGUCCUACACUAAUUCACGUUACUAACAGAUAGGAGGAGUGUAUAUAUAUUUAUAUUAGCUGUGAACUGUUGUUGAUGCUGUUGAAUUGGAUUAAAGUGAAGUUUAUAUAUUUGACAACAUCAACAGAUUAUGUACGAUGAGUGAUGUUGGUCACCAGGGAAAUUCUUUGUGAUAAAUGCAGUACCUGAUCUACAUAUUGUAAAUACAGACUUACAGAGAGUUAAGAAUGGAGCGCGAACCUGGUCAGAGUAGUUCCUCCCCAGACGUUGGACACGAUGGGAGCCAGGGGGAGGGGGGGAAGGGGCGCGGUCGCCCUGCUAGGGGUGUAGACUUUCCUCUUCGUAUACUUGUAUCCAGUGAUAUGGUUGGAGCUAUUAUAGGACGGGGAGGAGCAACAAUCAGAACCAUUACUCAAGAAACCAGAGCAAGGGUUGAUGUUCACAGUCGUAGGAAAAUGGAGCCCGCCACCGGUCAACUUGGACAGCUGGAAAAAGCUAUCACCGUGUACGGUCAGCCUGAGAACUGCAGUGCUGCGUGUAAACGGAUCCUGGAGGUGAUGGAGGAGGAGGCGAAGAGUGUUGGGAAGGAGCAGGAGAUUUGUCUCAAGGUUUUGGCGCACAAUAAUCUUAUCGGAAGAAUCAUAGGAAAACAGGGCGCAACGAUAAAGAAAAUAAUGGAGGACACUAGUACAAAAAUUACAGUGAGUUCAAUAUCUGACGUUUCCUCCUUUAACCAAGAACGUGUGAUUAGUAUCAGAGGAACUAUACCCAGCAUUUCUAAAGCUGAAGCAGAGGUUUCCAGUAAGCUACGUGUUGCAUAUGAGACGGAUCUGCAAGCUAUGACUCCGCAAUCUAUGAUGUUCCCAGGACUCCACCCCGCAGCUAUGAUGUCUACUGUUGGAUUGGGAAACCAGCAACAAUACAGAGGUUCCGGGUUCUCUGGAGCUAGUGGACCUCAUGGAGUUAACUCCCGUCCUCCUAACCCUCCCCAGAUACCGCCUGAAACCUGCUACCUCUACAUACCAAAUGCUGCGGUUGGUGCUGUCAUAGGAACUAAAGGGAGUCAUAUUCGAAAUAUCAUAAAAUUUUCUGGAUCUACCGUGAAAAUAUCUCCGGCAGAUGAGGAGUCUGGUCCUCUCCCCCCUCUCCAAGAGGGACAGGGAGCUCCAGGUGCCGAGGACACCCGGAGGAAGGUUAUUGUAGUUGGGAAUCCUGAAUCCCAGUGGAAGGCUCAGUAUCUAAUCUUCGAGAAGCUGAGAGAUGAAGGGUUCUGCUCCGGAGUAGAGGAUGUCAAGCUUACAGUGGAAAUCAUGGUUCCUUCAGCGCAGGUUGGACGAAUUAUUGGUAAAGGAGGACAAAAUGUCCGAGAGAUGCAGAGACUGACUGGAGCUAUUAUUAAACUACCAGAACAGGGGACAUCAACUGGAGAGGAAACCAGCGUUCAUAUCAUCGGAUCCUUCUACGCAACUCAGUCUGCUCAGAGGAGGAUUCGAGCCAUGGUUACUGGACCUCUCAAUCAACCUCUACUACCUAAUGGAGGAGGUAAUCAUGAACCUCCUCUACCCUGAGAACCUAAACCUUGAGGGAGGUGGAGCCCCCUGCUCCCCUGCCCUCCAGAAACUGUUCCAACCUCGGCCAUUAAACCAGAUUUUUAAAGCAUCGUAAAUAUUUCUUGUUAAAUUUUUCUUCCGAAUCAUCAGAUUUUAAUAUGAUAAAUGGAUUUUUCAAACUCCACAUGAUCCUGGGAAGAAUUAAACGCAUGCUUUCAACUGCAUACGCAUUCGAAUGCACGUGACCUCAUUGUGAGACUGAACCAAAUCUGAACUGUGAAGAACCUACCAGGGGUUCAGCACUAGGAUUAGAUUGGAUUAUUGUACCUCGGCCCAAAGAAUGAUAAGACUGCCUCUCCUGCGAUUGUAACCUAAAGACUGGAAUCACCUUGUUAUGUAUAGCAAACUCAAAACCAGUUUCUUUUAUCAUGUUUACAAAUCCUUCAUAUGUAUACGACAUGUUAUGUAACUUUUUUAUUUUCUUCAAAACCAGUUUCUUUUUUCAUGUUUACAAAUCCUUCAUAUGUAUACGACAUGUUAUGUAACUUUUUUAUUUUCUUCAAAAACCUAGUGGUAAAUUAAAAAAAACUUUUUUAAUAAAAUAUUUGUAAAGUUUGAACUGUGUCAGAAUUUGUAAUAGUUUUAAGUUUAUUAUUGUGGAAUAUGGGUGUGCGCUGUACAAAUAAAAUAACCCUUCAAUAAAAAUCCAAUAAGUAAUAAUUUUAUAAUAAUUUAACCAUUAUUUUAAUCAUAGCUUAGUUUACGGAAUAAAAAAGUUUAAGUACAGUUCACCCACGUUCAAAGCACGUUUGAUUUAAUAAUAGUUUAUCAGCGAAUCUAUUUGUCAUUUAAUUACGAUACAAGUGCUAGAUAAUUUAAAGGAAACUUGGAUUUUUUAAUAGUAAUAAUCUGAAAAAGUUUCUUCGUUUUAUAAACAUUAUCAAUAUUCAGAGUUAUAUAGUUUACCACCAACCCUUCAGUUUUCACGAACUAGAAUUUCUCAUCUCUCUUAAUACUUUUUGGUCAAUUUUAAACUUUUCUCUGUUUUCUCAAACCUCCCAACCAUCCUUUUUUUUAAAUAAACUGUUAAACAAUCUGAAGGGUUGGCCAAUAUGCCAUAUGUAUCAAUAAGUUAAAUAGUAUUGGUGUUUGUUCUUGUUUAAAAUUAAUCUGUUCUGGUUUAAGAGGCCGGGCGACGGGUUGCCUCCGGGCGCGGUUCAUAUUUAAGAAAAAUUUUGAUGCUUGCUAUGAUUAUUUUUGCUACGAAGGAUUAUUUGAAAUAAAAAGUAAAAAUAUU